AUGUUCAAGUUAUUCUGUCUCCUGAUUGUCGCCACCAGUGCUGUGCUUGCCAUCGAAUACCCAUUGGGCCAUGGACUGCCCUACCAUGCUCCUGCGGCCAUAAUCAAGCCUGCCCUGAUCAAGACAGUGGAAGUUGAAGCGCCGGCGCAUUAUGACUUUUCGUAUUCUGUGCAUGACGAACACACCGGCGACAUUAAGAGCCAAACCGAAUCCCGCAAGGGUGACCAAGUCCAUGGCCAAUAUACUCUGGUUGAUGCCGAUGGCCUCUUGCGUACCGUAGACUAUACUUCGGAUGCCCACAAUGGCUUCAAUGCUAUCGUACGACGAGAACCUUUGGGCCACAAGGUUGUCAAAGCCAUUGCUCCCGUUGCCAAAGUUCUACCCCUGGCUCACUACCACUAACUGAACUGACGUGAUGUGAAGUCAACGAAACAUAAUGAACGGCCAUCUGUCGCGUUGAUAUCGCUCAUGACUGCUAAUCGACCGAUUAUCAUCCUGUACAAGACCUUCCAACCAAUCUUCCGACACGCUGCCUUGUCAUAUCUAUUGCUAAGCACAUACCUUCCAUUUAUUUGUACUUCUUUCCCAUGUAUUCUUCUUGAUCGAAUGCGUUCGCCAUACCCAUACACCUCGUCCCACUGGCACCCUUGUAUAUACAUAUAAACAUAUAUUUUUAAUUUGUUUACUUCAUCUAUGCAUAAUUAAUAGUAAUCUAGUUACAUACAUACAUAUGAUGCAUGCGGAUACAAGUAUAAACGCUAGCCAAAACACAGUCAACA